AUGGGAUUCCGCAUCACCACAUGGAACGUCAAUGGUAUACGAAAUCCGUUCUCCUAUGAGCCAUGGAGAGGAACGCGCACAUUCGAGUCCAUGUUCGAUAUCCUCGAGGCGGAUAUUGUAAUUCUCCAAGAGACCAAGAUUCAGCGCAAAGACCUUCGCGAUGACAUGGUCUUGGUUCCAGGAUGGGACUGUUAUUUUAGUCUCCCUCGAGUCAAAAAAGGAUACUCGGGCGUUGUGAUUUACACGCGCAAUGCCACAUGUUCUCCAAUAAGGGCAGAAGAGGGCAUUACUGGAGUGCUCUGUCCACCAAAAUCCUCAACAUCUUUCCGCAAUCUUCCAGAAGAGCAGCAGGUUGGUGGGUAUCCAACAUCUGAUCAGCUUUCCAGGCCCGCUAUGAAUCCUGAAGGGCCUGACUCUGAAGAAGAGCAGGAGGAUGUGAGCUCGAUGCCCGAUACCACAAUAGAUACAUCAACCCUCGACUCCGAAGGGCGGUGCGUCAUUCUGGAGUUUCCUGCAUUCGUCCUCAUUGGUGUCUAUUGCCCUGCAUAUCGGGAUGAGAGCCGGGACACCUUUCGCAUGGACUUUCUCAAUGUCCUAGAUUCACGAAUCCGUAACCUGACUGCGAUGGGGAAGAAUGUGGUCGUGGCUGGAGACAUCAAUAUUUCGAAGCAGGGCAUCGAUGCCGCCCAUGGAAUUGAGGCCAUACGAAAGGGCACGAUGACAGAGGACGAAUUUAUAUCUGCUCCUUCUCGACGUCUAUUCAAUCACUCGAUAUCGGAUGGCGUGGUUAUUGGUGAACGUGACGAAGGCAGGGAACAUCCUGUCCUCUUCGAUGUCUGCAGGUCAUUUCAUCCAGAUCGUACAGGCAUGUAUACAUGCUGGGAUCAGAAGCUCAAUGCUCGACCAGGGAAUUACGGCUCAAGGAUUGACUAUGUGUUGUGCAGCUUGGGUAUGCAGAACUGGUUCUCCGACUCAAACAUUCAAGAGGGAUUGAUGGGAUCUGACCAUUGUCCUGUAUAUGCUAUCAUCAAGGAGUCUGUGAAUCAGCCCGAAGGUGAAGUAAACAUUCGGGAUAUUCUCAACCCACCGGGAAUGUUUAAGUGUGGCAAGCGUCAACGGGAUUACUCAAACGAGUGCGCAUUAUCCGCUUCGGGGCGUUUACUCCCCGAAUUCGACGUUGGUAAGCGCAGAAGUAUCAAGGACAUGUUCGCUCGCAAACCAGCCAGCAUUCCAUCGGGGUCGGUAGAGCUAGCCGCUACACUGGCUAACAUGCCCGCGACCGAAGUCACGGAAUCUACAGCCACGCACACAACCUUCGGAUCCACUGACUCGGCUAGAAAUGGUUCUACACGUAUCGCUGAGAGAAACCAAACCCCUCAGAUUGUUUCCCGCAAACGCUCCCAGCCUCUACCCACCACAUUCGCGAAACGCCCAAAAUCCGCCGCAGCGACGUCUCCCAGGGCCUCUACGGCAGGGCAAAAGUCAUUAGCAGGCUUCUUCAAGCCAAAAUCUGUCGAUAUAUAUGAAGCUACCCGGUCACCUAUGGCUUCACCGGGGCCCUCGACACCAUCACUUAGCCGCAAACCAUCUGAAACCCUACAAGAGCAGGGGAAAGCUCUAGGAAUCCAUCCACAACCUGCGGGGUCCCAAGAAGACAUCAUAAGGAUGGAAGCUGACACUUCUAAUGAAUGGCCGACGGUCAGCAAGUUUGUUGACGACACAAUAAUCGACCCGAUUGUCAGCAAGGAGGAUUGGUCAAAACUUUUUACCAAGAAGCCUGUUCCGCCAUGUGAUGGACACCAAGAGCCGUGUAUCAGCUUGACGACAAAGAAACCCGGAAUGAAUCGCGGCCGCUCCUUUUGGAUUUGUCCCCGGCCAUUGGGACCCAGUGGAGAGAAGGAAAAGGGUACGCAAUGGCGGUGUCCCACUUUUAUCUGGGCCAGUGAUUGGAACUCACCCGUUGCGACGCAAGAGCAAUAA